AUGCUUGCCGAAAAGGUUUUCCUCGUCUCGUUCGUUCUGCUAGCGUGGGAUAGCGAAUGCUAUGCUCAAGAAAGCGACAUGAAGCUCGCCCGCGCCCAGAACCAUUUUUCCCUCAAGCUUCUCAAGGAACUGUCCAGCGAAGCACCGGAAUCGAACCUUUUCUUCUCGCCAACCAGCAUCUCCGUCGCACUCGCCAUGGUCUACGCCGGCGCCAGGGGCAAGUCCGAAGCGGAACUUUCCACUGUUCUCGGCCACACCGCAGCGGGACUGCCCAGCAGAGAAUCUAUACUGGAGUCUUACAAAAAGAUCCUGGCAAAACAACAGACUGAUGACAAUGUAAGUUUAAUGAUAGCCAAUGCAGUCUUUGUAAUGAAAACACUGAACGUUCUCGAAAGUUACCGGAAGGAGCUCGUUAACAUCUUUGCCGCAUUGUUCCGGUCGAUAGGCAUUGGGGCAGAAAAUUCUGACAUGGAAUCAGAGGUUAACGAGUGGGUAAAGAACAAGACCAGAGGCAAGAUCUCGGGCUUCAAAAUUCCCCCAAACACCAUAAUGGCGAUUCUCAAUGCCAUUUACUUCAAGGGGCUAUGGAACACAUCUUUCGAUCCCAACAAUACCUCCCCGCUUCCUUUUCACAACAAAGGAUCUAAGGUGGUUCUGGUAAAAACAAUGACGCGAGUCUCCAACGUACCGUUCGCCUCUGAACCUGACUUUGAAGCCAUAGAAUUGUCUUACAAAGGGGACGAACACUGCAUGGUAAUCAUACUUCCAAGACAAAGAAAUGGACUUUCCAAACUUCGCGACGCCAUGACUGUCGAGACCAUAGAAAAAAUCCAGGGAAGUUUGAAAGAAAAGACUGUCAAGAUUCAACUUCCCAAGUUCGACUUGAAAACGGAGUACGGCCUCGUCCCUGCUCUGAAGAAGUUGGGCGUGCGAUCGAUCUUCUCUGACGCCGAUCUGUCGGGAAUCACUGGCAAUAGAGGGCUGGUGGUAACCGAUGUCCUGCACAAGGCUGCCAUUCAGGUCAACGAAGAAGGCACGGUUGCCGCCGCCGCAACAGUAAUAAUCUUUAAAAGUGCUCCAGAACCCUUCGUCGUGAAUAGACCUUUCCUCUUCUACAUCCGCGAGAAAGCUACCGGCCGUAUGCUAUUUUUGGGAGAAGUGCACGAACUCCCAGCCCCUAAGCCCACCCUUGGUUAG